AUGGCCGAUGAAUUUUUGACAAAAAAAUUGGAUGGUUUGCUGGAUGGUUUUUACCAGAGCAAAUUAUUUAUAGAUGAUACUCGCGAAGAAGCGUAUGAAGAAAUGGAAAGACCACCGUUUCCUAAAAGUUCAGUUUUCCGGAUCCGGCUAAACACAUUUCGUGAUUUGUGGCGUAGAGGCUACUAUUUAACGUGUGGUUUGAAGUUUGGGUGUGAUUAUCUUGCUUAUGAAUCAAUCCCUGGUGAGGAUCAUUCCAAGUGGCUAGUGAAAUGUGUGGAUUCACAAGAUGCUUUAUCAUCCUUAGAUCUUAUUGCACUCUCAAGGCUUUCCUCUCAAGUAAAGAAGCAUGUCUUGCUAGCUAUUGUCUCACCUGACACUUUAUCACCCUAUUACAUUGAAUAUUCCUGGUGGAAACCUCAGCGAUCUCAGAAUGUAUAG